GCGGUUGUUUUUUUGUGUUACCAUUGCAUACUAGGAAAUGUUGUAACUGAUAAAUUAGUUAAAAUGGACAUCGAAACUGUGCCUACUUUUGAACUAGGAGAUAUACUAGCUACUAGAUGCGGCAACACGUUAACCGGGAAGUUUUUGACCAAUUCAAAAAUCGCACUUAUCGCCUAUACCCACAAGAAUACCAAUGCAUUCGCUAAUUGCGAACAGCCAUCCAAAGAUGGUGUCGAGGAUCCAGUGCUAAUUUAUAUAGCGCAAGAAACAACAAUCUAUGAAGAGCCACUACUCCGCAGUUUGCUGUCCGAGGCCAACACAACAUUUAACACAUUGCGAAAAUUGGGCAAAAAUGCUAGCAAGACUGAAUACAUUAAUGUAUCUCAAGCCUAUCGCAGCAUUGUACGCUCAUGCCUUGAAAAACUGGAGCAAAUGAAGACAACACCAAAAUUGCAAGUCGACGAGGCGGAGCUGCGUUGUUCUUCCGAAGCAAUUACCACUUUUUAUGCAGUCGAGUGUCUCUGGCAUCUGUUCGAGAUACUCUAUGUGCAGGAGCAACACAACCAAAUGAUUUUGGCACAACUGCUGAAAUGGACGCGCUUUCAUUUCCCACAAACCGAAGCGCAUGCCACCGAUUUACUUUUAAUGGCUGAAGAUGCCAGUGACCGCGAUGACUAUUGGGAAAUUUUGAAAACAUUGAUAAUGCUCGGCGAGGUUAGUGUCACGGCCGCCAUUUUGACGCAGAAUCGCAAAGCAGGACGUGAUGAGUUUCAAGAAGCAAUAUCAAUUUUAAAGGCUAUGCCUGUCUUCGAGGAUGGCUAUGCACUUCAAAAGUUUCGCUCGCAAUGGGAAUAUUGGCAUGUAAACGGAGAGCAUAAGCUAGAUGCCAAUGCUUUCGCCGCCGAACCGGAGUUAGAGCUUCUAAUGCAACUAGUAGUUGGCAAAAAUGAGCAAUGGGAUGAGGCUCUUUGCAAAUCGAAAGAGUGGUACGAAUAUCUGCCCGGCUAUUUGCUAUACACUAAUCCGACCUGCAAGCCCUUUGAUCUUCGCAUAGCUGCCACUGCAUGGCUCAAUCGCUGGUCACGACUGAGGCCGGAAUGGCAAAUGAAAACCAUGAGCCGCAUGAUCAAGCAUCUAAUGGCGCACGAUAUUAAGUUAUUUUUAUUUGAAAUGCAACAACUUAACGAGAGCAAUUGGUUUGCCACGCAUCUGAUCGAUCUUAUCUAUCAGUCGGGUCAACUGAACUCAUAUUGCGAGCAGCGAAAAAUUGAUUUGAAAUCUUUACGAAAUUCCACGGUCUAUAAUUUUGGUAGUUUUUUGAUGACUUCACAUAAGCUCUGGCAAUUGGGCAUUGACUAUUUAGACUGUUGUGGGGAGGAAGGAAUCGCAGCCAUCAAUAUUCUACUGCCGCGCAUACCUUUUAAGACGGAGCGGCUCGCCUUGAAAUUGAUAGCCAUGGCGAGACAGCGAAACUUGUUUGAAGUGGAGCCAGAGAUCUGCAAGGUACUGUUCAAGCGUUCCUACGAUGAGGAGCGACAUGGCAGUGCCUUAGAAUGGGUAAUACGCUCUAAGGAUGCAACCGUUGUUACGGCCAUGGCGGACUUUAUUUUAAAGAACUACUCCAAAACCGGGAUUUUCGUUUGCCCGGAUGUCAUCACCAACAUAGGUGCACGCAUGUUUAUCGCCCCGCGUUUGGUUUUUCUUUGCAAGUAUUUUGAAUUUAAUGAACUCUAUCGAAAACGCGAUUUUUCAUCUGCAACAAAGUUGCUGGUCAAUUUAUUAGACUCAAAAAUUACCCCGAGCUACUUUUGGCCGACACUCUUCAUUGAAUCCAUUCCCCUGCUCGAGUCAAAAGAACCUAUGCUUACCUCUAAGGAAACGGUGACCAUACUGCAUCAUUUGGAAACAAAUCUGUUGCCGCUCAUCGAACAAAAUAUGCUGGAGACUGCCAUAUUUCCAAAUCUUUCCUCAACAGUCGAGCUGAAAGACUACCGAAUAGAGAAUGUGGACGAGAUGGUGAGCGUGUUGCGAUACGCAUGCGCACGCAACUAUUCACGCACGAUAUUAAAGGAAAACACCGCAUGA